AUGUCAGCUUCAAUCAACACCAAGGUUACAACAAACGAUGUCAACGGAUUGUCAUUGAUAGCCGCGCACUCGCACAUUACGGGUCUUGGCUUGGACGAUAAUCUACAACCACAAGAGAAUGCACAAGGUAUGGUUGGACAACUCAAGGCGAGAAAAGCAGCGGGAAUCGUCUUGAAAAUGGUGCAAGCUGGAAAAAUAGCAGGGCGUGCAGUAUUGGUUGCCGGCCCACCAUCAACCGGUAAAACUGCUAUUGCAAUGGGAUUGUCCCAAAGUUUGGGGUCGGAAGUGCCCUUUACCGCCAUUGCUGCGUCGGAAGUGUUUAGUUUAGAAUUGUCCAAGACUGAGGCAUUAACGCAAGCAUUUAGAAAGUCCAUUGGAAUAAGAAUCAAAGAAGAGACUGAAAUUAUAGAGGGAGAGGUGGUUGAGAUUCAAAUUGAUAGAUCUAUAACUGGAGGCCACAAACAGGGUAAACUCACUAUCAAGACGACUGAUAUGGAAACUAUUUACGAACUAGGUAACAAGAUGAUUGAGGGUUUAACAAAAGAGAAGGUUCUUGCUGGGGACGUGAUAUCGAUUGACAAAGCGUCUGGUAAAAUUACAAAGCUUGGUAAGUCAUUUACAAGGGCUAGAGAUUACGAUGCCAUGGGGCCCGAAACCAAGUUUGUUCAGUGUCCUGAAGGGGAACUACAAAAGAGAAAAGAGGUUGUGCACACCGUUUCGUUGCAUGAAAUAGAUGUCAUCAACUCAAGACAGCAAGGAUUCUUGGCAUUGUUUUCAGGAGAUACCGGUGAAAUCAGAUCAGAGGUGCGUGAUCAGAUCAACACUAAAGUUGCCGAGUGGAAAGAAGAAGGUAAAGCUGAGAUUGUACCUGGUGUAUUGUUCAUUGAUGAGGUGCACAUGUUGGAUAUCGAAUGUUUCUCGUUUAUUAAUAGAGCUUUAGAGGAUGAUUUUUCGCCGAUUGUGAUGAUGGCCACAAACAGAGGUAUCAGUAAGACCAGAGGCACUAGCUACAAGUCGCCUCAUGGAUUGCCAAUUGAUUUGUUGGAUAGAUCGAUAAUCAUACACACUUCAAACUACACCGGUGACGAGAUAAGAACCAUCUUGUCCAUCAGAGCCAAUGAAGAAGAGAUUGAAUUGACGGGUGAUGCCCUCGCGUUGUUGACUAAAAUUGGACAGGAAACCAGUUUGAGAUAUGCUAGCAAUUUGAUUUCGGUUGCACAACAAAUUUCUCUCAAAAAAAGGGCAUCACAAGUUGAACUUCAAGAUAUAAAAAGGGCAUAUAUGUUGUUUUUGGAUUCUGAUAGAUCUGUGCAGUACUUGGAGAAACAUUCUUCACAGUACAUUGAUGAUUCUGGAAAUGUUGUCAUAGGGAAUGGAGAAGAAGAAGAAGAUGAAGAUGAAGAUGGCAAGACUAAUGGUGAUAAUGUUGCGUCCGAGUCUAAAAGUCAAGGACAAGACGAGGAUAAAAUGGAGACUGAUUGA